GGUUCCAACACAAAAUAAGUGCUCGGUUCCUUCUUUUCCCAAUACACCCCACCAUCUCGCGCAAAAGGCGAGGGGAUGGAAUUGCAUCGCUCCCGAGACGCUCUCUUUCGGCCCCAGUGGGAGAAGAGACGCUGAGGAGGAGGAACAGAGCGCGAGAGGGACCAGUCCCUAACUCCGGGAUCCCACCCUCCCUUUGCACAGGAGGCGGAGGAGGGAGGGGGAGGUUAAGCAAACCCGGAGCUGGCCCAGCAGGACCUACUUUCCUCUCUGAAAAUGGCUGCCUCGGUGAACACUUUCUGUUCAAUUCCUUGAAGCCCUUCGUUGUGUGUGGGGGGAAGCAGAGGGCGGUGGGGUAAACACCAGCCAGAGAUGCUUCUUUGAACCCCCUCCUCUACUGAAGCGGAGGAUUAGGGGGAGAGGGAAGAAGGUGAGAAGCAAACAAAAAGGAGAGAAAGGAGAGAGAGAGAACGAGCGAAACAGGAAAAGAAAGAGAAGAGGCCUGGAACAGGAGGUAGGGAGGAGAUUAUCCAAACAAAAAAGCAAAACAGGGGGACCCCCAACCUCGAAGCGAGCAGUCAGGAGAGUGGGGUUGGUGCAGCCGUUUGUGCGAGGGAAGGCUGGAUACGUCUGGUUUAGUUCUCUUCGGGAGGAUUCAAUGUAGCUGCUCGCGGAUGAUAAGCUGAGUCUUCGGAUCAGCUUCACUGGAAAAGGAAUUGCAAAGGAAGGAGGCGAAAGUAUGUCCGUUCCAUCCGGAGAGAAACUCUGAACGUUCUGUUGCCCCUCCUCCACUCGCUCCCCCCCCACCCCUACCCGGGGAAGCCUGAACGUUCCAUCUGAAGGGGGUCCAUCUUUUAAAGAACAUCCAACGUUCCAUUCCCCUCGCCAAGUGAGUGUUCCAGCGUUCUGUUGGGGGGGGCACUAGAGCGCCUCCUGACCGAGCAAGGGGUAGUGGGGUGUAAGGGGGGAAUCCGGAGGUGGAAGUAGCGAGAGAAUGGGCAAAGGCAACAGAAAGAGAGGCCUUCUCCGUCGGAUGCGGAUGCUGGAAGAUCAAAGGCAAACCCGGAGCUCCCUUUGUGUUUCCUCCUAGGGAUCGCACUGCUUCGCUCUUUCUUUGGGCUUAUUUUGGAACCCUAAACUGCUGUGGUGGAAGGAAGCAAAGCUCCCCCCUCCCCUCCUCUCAGAAGGGGGCUGGGCGUUCUAUUUUUUUCCCUGGGUGGAGAAAUCCUCGGAUAUUGGAUUUAGCAUCCUUUCUAAAGCUAAUUUUUGGUUGCUGUUGUGUGUUUAUUCCAUCCUCCCCCCCCCCCACCUUCCCAAGGUGGCUGUAAAUAAAAGUACAAAGAUUUUCUUUUUGCCUUUUUUUUCCUUUUAAAGGAGGGAACAAAUGCAAACCCUUCUUUUUUCUCCUUUCUCGAUUUUUUGGAUAAUGAUUUCUGCUGUAUCUUGCCGAUGGAUUUUGCCGGGUGAGGAUUUCUGGAUCAUCUUGUAGAAGAGAGGUCUCUUGGAGACAGGAUGGAUGAUCAGAAGCCGCCUGGUGAGGACAAAGACUCUGACACGCCAGCAGCAGAUGGAAUUGUCUCCUUGGAGGAGCAGGGCAGCGUGGAAGUCAAUCCCCUGAAGCUGCCAGAAGACAGCUCCGUGAAAGAGCCCUUGGAAGAUGCAGAAGCUAAAGAGGAACCACCACUGACCUGCUGCUCUCCACCCAAACGCUGUGCAUUCUGCAACUGCAGCAAGUGGAGCUUGCAUGGGCAGCGUGAGCUGUUGCGCUUUGAUCCAGCUCCUGGCUGGACAGAAGGUCUUUCUGAGCCUCAGGAAGGGGAGCAGCCUGGCGUAAGAGAAGCUGGAAAUGAAGACCAGACCCUCAUUGGCUUUGCAGAUGGUGUGUCGGUGAGAGAGGUGUUUGAGCCAACAGGGCACUUCUGGGCUCAUCACUGGUGUGUGGUGUGGUCAGCUGGAAUCUUGCGUGCGGAAGGGUCAUGGUUGAGCCAUGUGAACAAAGCUGUCAUCUCAGGGAUUGCACAGAAAUGUGAACACUGUAGGAGACUGGGUGCUACCAUUCCAUGUCGUGCAGAGGGGUGCCAGCGCCACUAUCACUUCCCCUGUGCUGCAGCCAGUGGCUCCUUCCAGUCCAUGAAGUCAUUGAAGCUCUUGUGUCCGGAGCACCUAGACCAGGCCGUGCAGAUGGAGGACUCGCGCUGCAUGGUGUGCGAUGCACCCGGAGACUUGCGUGAUCUUCUCUUCUGCACCAGCUGUGGCCUGCACUACCAUGGCACCUGCUUGGAGAUCACAGUAACACCCCGCAAGCGGUCUGGCUGGCAGUGUCAUGAAUGCAAAGUUUGCCAAACGUGUAGGCUAUCGGGGGAGGACAGCAUGACGUUAGUGUGUGAAGCUUGCGAUAAAUGUUACCAUACAUACUGCUUGAAGCCAGCCAUUGAGAGUCUCCCCACAGACUCCUGGAAGUGCAAGAGUUGUCGUGUUUGCUCUGAUUGUGGCUUCCGCCCGUCUGCUCUGGAUCCCAGCUGCCAGUGGUACGAGAACUACUCUUUGUGUGAAGGGUGUCAAGAGCGGCGUUGCAAGGAUGCAGCUGGCACUGAGGCUGUACAGCACAGCCAAGAAAAUGUUCCCCCACCAAACAGUCUUCUAAAGAAUACGUACCCUGUAGCAGACACACCGGCAUCUUCCCAGCCACUGCAAGAAGCUCAUGUGGCCAGUCCGGGGCAAACAGAAAGCAGCAAUGGCCCUGUUGGCUUGCACCAAGAAGAGGCGGUCCCAUUGGAAUGUGAUGAAAAAUCCAUUGAUGCAGAGAAGCCUUUAGAGAUGUCCAGCGUGGAUCCAGAGGCCCCUGCAGGGCAGGAGCAAAUGGAAGUGGAGACAACAGUAGAGCCAGAAAAUGCCCCCUUGCCAGCACCCCCUCCUCCGGUACCACCAGAUCCUGUCUCACCUGCCCAUCCUGAGGAGUCAACACUAGGUGCCAAAGGGCAUCCUGCCUUUGAGUUGCUGCCUGUAGAGCAGGAACCCCCAGAGAGCCAUAUUGAGACAGCACCAUCUACACAGGUAGCUGAGGCAGCAUCCCCCACAAGCCCUCAGCCUGCCUCUUUCAAAGCUGAUUCCCCUGAAGCUGCUGAUGGAGAGGCCAGUGAGGAGCCCAUGGAUACAGGGGCUGGCCAAGAAGAGGAAGAAGAGGAGGCAGCAGCUCCGAAGAUGGAUCUUGAGGGAAGAUUCUCCCCACAGCUGAGUGAGGAGGAGGCACCAGAAGAAGGACAUGCCAUUGCAGGGACGGAGCCCAACGAAAUUUCCCUCAGCUUUGCUGGUGAAUCUAAGGGCUCUCCCUCACCAGUGGAGGCAGAAUUGCUGGGCAGCACAUCCACCCCAUUGGAGGGCUACAACACUGCCAAUCCACUUGAGGGAAGGGCAGGGGGAGAAGAGGCGGGACCAGCCCCACCACCCUUGAGGCCCCACCCCUUGGUUAAGUCAGAUAUUGUUAAUGAGAUCUCAAACCUGAGCCAAGGUGAUGCCAGCGCCAGCAGCUUUCCAGGCUCAGAGCUUCCAUUUGCUUCACCAUAUCACGAAGGUGGGGGCUCAUUCUCCAUGGAAAUGGCCGGCUUGACCUCCACCGAUGUCAGCCUGCAAAAGGACGAUGGAGCCUCCUUGGCUCUGGGAGAGAUGGAUGACUCCUUACUUUUCGAUGUAAAAGGCGAGGGUGAAAAGGGACGUCGACGCAGUUCCCCAGCCCGCUCCCGUGUCAAACAGGGUCGCAGCAGCAGUUUUCCCGGGAGGAGAAGGCCUCGGGGAGGGUCUCAUGGCGGACGGGGGCGGGGCCGCUCACGGUUGAAAUCCACCACUUCUUCAAUUGAGACAUUGGCGCUUGCUGACAUUGACAGCUCCCCAAGUAAAGAGGAAGAUGAGGAUGACGACGACACCAUGCAAAACACAGUGGUGCUCUUCUCCAACACCGACAAGUUUGUGCUGAUGCAAGACAUGUGUGUCGUCUGUGGUAGCUUUGGCCGCGGUGCUGAGGGACAUCUCCUUGCAUGUUCUCAGUGCUCUCAGUGUUACCAUCCGUACUGUGUCAAUAGCAAGAUUACCAAGGUGAUGCUGCUCAAGGGCUGGCGUUGUGUAGAAUGCAUCGUGUGUGAAGUAUGUGGCAAAGCAUCUGACCCAUCUCGUCUGUUGCUGUGCGAUGACUGUGACAUCAGCUACCAUACAUAUUGCCUGGAUCCUCCCCUUAACACCGUGCCCAAGGGCGGCUGGAAGUGUAAAUGGUGUGUGUGCUGUGUGCAAUGUGGGGCAGUAUCACCUGGUUUCCACUGUGAAUGGCAGAACAAUUACACCCACUGUGCGCCUUGUGCUAGUCUUGUCACCUGCCCCAUUUGCCAUGUGAAGUAUGUGGAGGAUGACUUAUUAAUCCAGUGCCAGCAUUGUGAGCGGUGGCUGCAUGCAGUGUGUGACAAUCUUUUCACUGAGGAAGAAGUAGAGCAGGCAGCAGAUGAGGGGUUUGACUGCACCUCGUGUCAGCCCUAUAUAAUCAAGCCUGUAGUUUCAGUUCCCCCUCCAGAAAUUGUCCCAGUGAAGAUCAAGGAGCCAGAGCCCCAGUAUUUUCGCUUUGAAGGUGUCUGGCUGACAGAAACUGGUAUGGCUGUGCUUCGUAACCUGUCUUUGUCACCACUGCACAAGCGGCGGCCACGUAAGGCAACACCAACAACACCACGGCCGUGUGCCCUUAAUGGUGAAGGUGGGCUGGAAGGAGCUGACCCUCUGGGCCCAGAUGAGAAAAAGGACGGUGAAGUAGAGGCAGAGGAGAUCCUGAAAGCUGAAGUGAGCGUUGAGCACAUGGAGUGUGAGAUCAAACUGGAACCUCCGGGGACCCCAGAAAGGGAAGCUGCUGCAGAUGCUGACUUGGGCAAGGGUAUACUAGAGGACUCAGAGGAGGUCAAGAAGCGGAAGCGCAAGCCGUACCGCCCUGGAAUUGGAGGGUUUAUGGUGCGACAGCGGAAGUCACACACACGCUUGAAAAAGGGCUGCCCAGUCUUGGCAGAAGUCUCUCGCGAGGUGACUGGUACGGAGGGGCAUCCAGAAGAGGGGGCUCAACUUUCUGAGAUCCCUGCAGAGGGUGCCCCUGAGCAGAAAGCAGCUGAGGGUGAUGAGAAGAAGAAGCGACGUGGCAGAAAGAAGAGCAAGCUGGAGGACAUGUUCCCUGCCUACCUUCAGGAAGCCUUCUUUGGAAAAGCACUUCUGGACCUGAGCAGAAAGGCCGUCUUGGCAGCUGGUGGUGUGGGUGGAGAAGGAACUGCUCACCCUCCUGUUGGCCAGGGAGCUCCCAGGGCCAAGGUGGAUUCCAGUAUGCUCCAGAAAGUGCCAAUGGAUGGGAAAGAGGCCUCUGUUCAGCAAAAAGGGAAUGAAUGCGUUGAUGGCAGAGAGAAAGCUGCCCCAGAAAACAGCUUGAAAGUUGCUGAGGCCAAGCCUGAAAAUACCGGCACAGAAGAACAGAUGGUGCCCAAGAACACUCCAGAUCCUACAGGUGCCGAGAACACAGCCACACCCCCGGGGGAGGGGGUGCUCAGCUCCGACCUUGACAAAAUCCCCACUGAAGAGCUACCCAAAAUGGAGAGCAAGGAUGUCCAGCAGCUCUUUAAAGAUGUCCUGGGAUCAGCUGAGCGAGAGCAGCAACUCAACUGUGUUGGGGCUGAACCAGAGGCUGGAGGUAUCCGUGAACCACACCGCACGCAGCUUACCCAAAGGCCUUUCCUGCAAGGUGGUGGGGUCUCCCUUGGAUCCCUGCAGCCUGCUGUACCUAUGGAGACCUACUCUGGAGUUUGCCAGUCCCCAUUUCUUGAUAGCAGGGAAAGGAGUGGCUUCUUCAGUCCUGAGCAGUGUGAACCAGAGAGCCCCUGGGCCAGCAGUUCUGCAGCUUCCACACCCACCACGCCCACAACGGAGGGGGAGAGUGAUGGACUCUCCUAUAACCAGCGGAGCCUGCAACGCUGGGAGAAGGAUGAGGAACUGGGGGAACUGUCCACCAUUUCACCUGUACUCUAUGCCAACAUGAAUUUCCCCAACCUCAAACAGGAUUACCCAGACUGGUCUACUCGUUGCAAGCAGAUCAUGAAGCUCUGGAGAAAGGUGCCAGCCCCAGACAAAGCCCCUUAUUUGCAAAAGGCCAAAGAUAACCGGGCGGCUCACCGCAUCAACAAGGUGCAGAAGCAAGCCGAGAGCCAGAUCAGCAAGCAGCAGACCAAAGUAGAGGUGCCGCGGAGACCAGACCGCCCUGCUCUGCAUCUGCGCAUCCCACCCCAACAGGGGGCACUGCCAGGGGCCACCCAGCCGCCACCACCACCUCCUCCUCCUCCUGUUGCUGCCACCUCAGCAGCUGGGCAGCCCGUCUACAUCAACAAUGCUGCAGCUCUGCCAAGCGGGUCAGGCGUUGACUCGCCCAGUGAGCUCUUCCUCAAUCUUCCCUCUUCUGCCACCAGUGCCCAGCCCCCAGCGCAAGUGCCUUUGCACGAGCCCUAUGGCAUGGCCUCUGCCUGCCCCCCACCAGAUCCACGUUUUCCUUCUUGUUCCUCAGUGCCUGCCGGCUUUACCUCCUCCUCUUCUUCCACUGGACAGUCCCCACACCUGCCCAAUCCUCGUCCAACCCCGCAGUCUGGGGAGUUCCAGCCCACUCCCCCUGGAACCCCUAGGCAUCGGCCCUCCACCCCAGACCCUUUCUUGAAACCCCGCUGCCCGAGUGGAUCUUUGGAAAACUUGUCUGUGCCUGGAAGCCCCCAGCAACCUACACUGAUGCUUUCGCCACCCUCAUUUGGGGAACAGAAGAAAGGGCUGGAUAUCAAGAAAGAAGAUGCUGGGCCAGGAAUCUGCUCUCCAAGCUAUAGCUACGGUGACUCACCAGCCAGUGUUCAUCAUCCUGCUGAAAUGAAAGCUCCAGAUGUGUUUAAAGCCCCGCUCACCCCUCGGCAAUCUCAGGUGGAGCCACAGAGCCCAGGUUUGGGGCAUCGGCCCCCAGAUUCUCAUCCUCUGGCUGCUUCUCCCCCCAGCCAGGCUGAUCUCUACCGGCAAUCUCCAUUCCCAGAUCCUUAUGCUCAGCCUCCUCUGACGCCUAGGCCUCAGCCCCCACCCCCAGAAAGCUGCUGCGCCCUUCCCCCUCGCUCACUUCCCUCUGACCCCUUCUCACGCAUACCAGCCAGCCCACAGUCCCAGUCUAGCUCUCAGUCACCUCUCACUCCCCGUCCACUUUCCAAUGAAGCCUUCUGCCAGUCUCCGGUCACCCCUCGCUUUCAGUCUCCCGACCCCUACUCCCGGCCUCCCUCACGGCCACAGUCCCGGGAUCCUUUUGCCCCUCUGCACAAGCCCCCUCGUCCCCAGAUGCCAGAUGCCGGCUUCAAACCCUUGCCAGUCUCCCACAACAGCCCAGCAGUUGGGGGCUAUCCAGCAGUGCCUCCUUCGGGUGAGCCCCACCCCAAGACUAGCCAGCAACCCCAGUUUGCUCGCUCCCCUGGUGCUAAUGUCUUUCCAAAUGCUCAGCCCCAAAUGCGCUUCACUUUCCCUCCCAGCGAGCCAAUCAAGAGUUCCCCUUCCCACGGGAUCAACAGCCAUUUUGCUCCUAGCAAACCCCAAAGCACAAGCUACGUUUCCUCACCGGGGUUCCACCAAGCCGGGAGCCCACUGGGGCCAGGCAAGAGUACCACAGACUCUUACAGUGUCUCGCCGCUGCGUCCUCCUUCGGUCCUGCCACAACAGCCAUCUCAGCAAGAGAGCUCCUUGCCCUACCUGCCACGGACAGGAAUGGUGCCACCAGGCGACAAGAGGGAAGAAGGAGUGGUGGGCCCACCAAACAGAGAGCUGCAAGAACUGCCAGCCAGCCAGGAGGGGGCAAUCAGCAACAUCAGCCAGACAGAAUUAGAGAAACAGCGACAGCGGCAGAGACUCCGUGAGUUGCUCAUCCGUCAGCAGAUCCAAAGGAAUAACUUGCGGCAAGAAAAAGAGAGUGCUGCAGCUGCUGCAAACAACUCCCAGGCAUCCUGGAACCCUGAGGGCGGCGGACAGGCCUUUGAACAGAUGAAUCGGAGCAUGACUCCAUUUCCAUCGGCACAGGACAAAGGAAUCCUAGGCAGUCUGGGUAACACCUCAGGAGGCAACAAGCUGCCUGGUGCUGUGAUGGUACAGACACCCUUUGUGCAGGAUGAGCGACUUGCCCGGCCACCCCCGACAGCCACUCCUUCUGCCAUGGAUAUCAAUGGCAGGCAAUCAGUGGUAACUGCACAACCAUUUUACCCUCGUGGUGUCUUCCAAGCUCCAUCACCGCAGCAGCAGAUGUGGCAGCAGCAGCAAGCAGUGUCUAUGCGUCUCCCAGCCCCUUCACGCUUUCCACAGCCGCCCACCCAAGACUUAAGCCGUCAAGCUCUAGGUGGUCUUGCCCCACGCCUGACAGGUCCUGGAGAACAGCUUCAGGCUUCAACCAGCGCUCUAGGAGCCCAGUUCAUUGAGCUAAGGCACAAUAUCCAAAAAGGAGUGGGUGGAAGCGGAACAGGCCCAGCUUUUGUCCAACAAAAUCCCCAGGCUCGACCCAGGUUCUUUCUGCCUGGAAAUGACAACACCAAUCAGGCUUUGAAAGCUUCUGUUAUGCCCAUGCCAGCCCCUAUCUUGGGAACUCAAGGCAUACAGACUCCCAAAAUGUCUGUCUCUAUUUCAUCCUCCCCUCAGGGAGCAGAGGUAAGCAACAACCAUCACCCUCAUGCCAAGGCUGUGCCCCAGUUGAUUGUGCCCCCUGGAAACUUGGAGAUGCAACAUGUCCCACCCCGUCCACUCUCUUCAGCUGGCCCCAAAGAGGUGACCGUUCCCCCAGCUGCCAUGGACCCUCCUCCAGCUGCUGGCAAGAACCAGUUAGGUCUAACUGGUAGACAGUUACCCUGUGAAGUGCCAGUGGAGCCAGAUUUAGAUGAUGACUUUGAUACCCACAAAGAUCUGGAGGAUGACGAUGACUUGGCCAACUUGAGUCUUGAUCCUGAUGUUGCUAAGGGUGAUGAUGAUCUUGGCAACCUGGACAGUCUGGAGACCAAUGAUCCACACCUUGAUGAUCUCCUGAAUGGUGAUGAAUUUGACUUGUUGGCCUACACAGACCCAGAGCUGGACACUGGGGACAAGAAGGACAUCUUCAACGAGCAUCUGCGUCUGGUAGAAUCUGCCAAUGAGAAGGCUGAACGUGAGGACCUGCUGAAGAAAGAGCCCUCUGUUGGACCCUACCUCAAGGAUGAUCCUUCCACUGGUCGCAAGCAGGGCGAACAGAAGGCAGAAUUGCUGCCCAGAGAUGGUGUACCCAAAGCAAAGGAGGGACUAAAUAUUCUCAGUGUUCCCAGCUCUUCCUCUGCAGGAGUACCUCCAGCCAUGCUUUCAUCCUUCAAGACUCACAGUGACAUGCUGGACAGCAGCAAGUUGGUUAGCAUGCCAGCUGAUAUAAAGCCUAAGAUAGAGGAGGGCUGCCUGAAGCCCUCUGCUUGCCAGUUUAAUACUAGCACUUCUGAGAAACUUGCUGUCAAAUCUGAGGCAGCUGAAAAAAUGGCUGCAACCUUAGCAGUGAACAUCAAGCCUGGCCAGAACCUCAUGAGCCCUGGAACCGGAGGUCCCGGAAUACGGCUUAGCAUGACCCAGUUCCACAGCAACAGCCAUACUUCCAUCUCGGAUAAAGUCCUGUAUGGCACCCCAAGCCGCCCAGCACUUACGCCCGGCCAGAUGACCAACACAAGUAACUCAGUCCUGGAAAAGUUUGAACUAGAUGGAGGGUCUCUGAGCCUGGCUAAUACCCAACAGCACUCUCCAGCUGAUGAUCUAGAUAAGAUGGAAAGUUCUUUGGUGGCCAGUGAGCUGCCUCUCCUGAUUGAAGACCUGCUGGAACAUGAGAAGAAGGAACUGCAGAAGAAGCAGCAGAUGUCUGCCCAAGUGCCGGGGGCACCCCAGCACCUCCAACCCCAUGCCAUGUUAGCUCAUUCUACUCCCUCUAGCCAGCCUCAUGACGGGCAACUGGUAAGCCCCCAGCAGCAGCUGCAGUUGGGUGUUGUGGCCAGGCAGCAGGGAAUGGUAGCCAAUCAGCAGCAGCAACAGCUAAUGCAGCAGCAGCAACAGCGUUUGGCUGGUCCUCAGCAAAGCCAGGUACUAGCCCCACAUAUGGGAGUGACUCAGAAUCAGGCUCACAUGCUUGCCACACAGCACAGCAUCCAAGCAACGCACGUUCAACAGAACCAGCAACAGGUCUUGGCUCAGAAAUCCAUGCCUGGGGUCCAGCCACAACCACCACAACAGCAACAGCAGCAGAUGAUGGGACUUAAGCCACAGCAGCUUGUGAUGCAGCAGCAGCAACAACAACAGCAGCAGCAGCAGCAGCAACAGCUGGCAAACAGCUUCUUCCCUGAUACAGAUCUGGAUAAAUUUGCUGCAGAGGACAUUAUGGAUCCUAUUGCCAAGGCCAAGAUGGUGGCUCUGAAGGGUAUCAAGAAGGUCAUGGCACAGAGCAGUAUUGGAGUAACUCCUGGAAUUAGUCGGCAACAGGUCUCCCUGCUGGCUCAGAGGCUGUCUGGAGCUUCAGCUUCAUCUGAAAUGCAGAACCAAGUCCUGCCUGGCUCUGGAGGGCAGGAACGGAGCAAUGACCCGACUCAGGCUCAUCCAAACCCACCCACUUUUGCUCAAGGUGUCAUCAAUGAAGCUGAUCAACGUCAGUACGAAGAGUGGCUUUUCCACACACAGCAGCUGCUGCAGAUGCAGCUGAAGAUUCUGGAAGAGCAAAUCGGAGUGCACCGCAAAUCACGCAAGGCCCUAUGUGCCAAGCAGCGGACAGCUAAAAAGGCAGGGCGGGAGUUCCCGGAGGCCGAUGCCAAAAAGCUCAAGUUGGUGACUGAGGAGCAAAGCAAGAUCCAGAAGCAGCUGGAUCAGGUUCGGAAGCAGCAGAAGGAGCAUACUAACCUCAUGGCUGAGUACCGCAACAAGCAACAGCAGCAUCAGCAACAAACCUCCACCGUCUUGGCCCUCAGCCCCUCGCAAAGCCCCCGUCUCAUGGCCAAACUCACUGGCCAGUUGCUGUCCACACAUGGUCUCCAACAGGGGCCACAGGGCUUAGGCCAGGCCAGUGGCUUGCGGCUUCCUCAACCCGCCACGAUGGCGGUGCAGCAGGGCUUGUCAUUCAUGGGGCAGCAGCCUCAGCAGCAGCAGCCUCCAGGGGGUGCUGCCUCCAACAACUUCUUUUCCAGCAAUCGUCUCCUGCAGGAGAGGCAGUUGCAGCAGCAGAGGUUGCAGCUGGCCCAGAAGCUGCAGCAGCAAAACCUCAUCGGGCAAGUGUCGAUGCAGCCACAGCAGCAACAAAGCCUCAUGGGACAAAUGGCCAUGCAGCAGCAAGGCCUCAUGGGGCAGGUCUCAGUGCAGCAACAGCAAAGCCUCAUGGGACAGGUCUCGGUACAACAGCAUCAGCAGCAGGGCCUCAUGGGACAGGUUUCAAUGCAGCAACAACCGAGCACUAUCAGCCAGACUGGCCUGAUGGGCCAACCCCCUCCUCCACCGCCCACCCCCCAGCCCAGCCAGAACCUGCUCCCUAAACAGCAAGGACUGCUGAACAGCCAGCCAGGAGUCAUGGGCCAGCAGCUCUCUCCGCAGCAGCAGCAACAACAGGCCAUGCUUGGGCACUCCAUGCUGCAGCACCCGGGUAUGAUGGGUCACCAAGCUUCACAAAGGCAGAUGCUCUUGGCUCCACAGCAGCAUCGGGCACUGGGAUCUCCACAGCAGUUGGCCCAGCAGACACAAGGCAUGAUGGGGCACCGGCUGCUUUUGUCGCAGCAGCAGCAGCAGCAACCAGGACUGCUUGGGCAGCAGAGGACUUUGCUGAGUCAGCAGCAGCAAAGCUCGAUAGCACAACACCAGACUCUCCUGGGCCAAGGCCAGGCUGCUCAGCAAGGGAGCAUGGGCCAGGGGCAGGCCUCCCAGGCAGGGUUAAUAGGACAGGCUGGCCAGCAGGGUGCCCUGGGUCAGGGGCAGGCCUCCCAGGCAGGGUUGUUGGGGCAGGCUGCUCAGCCCGGGGGCAUGGGCCAAGGGCAGGGUAUCGCCACAGAGCCUAUCCAGCACUUUGCGCAGCAUGGGUCUCUGAACCAGCCGCUGCACUUGAGUCAGGGAAUGCAGCCAGGCCCAUCGCAGCAGGGCCUGGUUGUCAAGGAACAGCAGGGAGGGCCAGAAAGUGCCACUAUGCCACCUCAAGAGGGGGCAGACGGCAUGCAGCAGCAGACACUGCGGCCCCAUCUGGUGGGUCAGGACUUGGGGGGGCAGUUGCAGCUAGGCACUCAGGAGCCACAAGGGAUGGCUGGCCUUGGAGCCCCUCUGCAGGAUCAGCCCUCCCAGCUGAUGCUUCAGCAGCAUGGGGAGCAGCAGAAAGCUCCAGCAGAGAUGGGCCAGGCGCAGCAGCACCUUCUCCUGGGAUCUCAGGGCUCCCUGCAACUACGUAUGCAGCAGCAGCAGCAGCAGCAACAAAGCGGCCUCCUGCAACAGCCACUGCGGACUCACCUGCCCAUGGAUGGUUCCCUGUCGCAAGAACUGUCUCAGCAGCAGCACCAUCGCGAUGUAACUCAGGCCCCUCAUUUGCUAAGCCAGCAGAUGGAACAGCAAGGUCAGGCACAAAAUAUCAUGGCCCAACAGCAACGGAUUGCAGGCCAGAGCCUGGAGCAGCCUUCCAAAGGCCUGCCUGGACAGCUUCCGCUCCAGCAGCAGCAACACCACCACCACCACCUCCAGCACCUUCAGAGCCCAGCGGGUCCUCCUAAAGCACCAGGGCUGAUGGUGCCACAGCAGCAACAGCAGAGCAUGAUGGUCCAGCAGUCAUCGCCCCAAGGCCAAAGCAUCCUGUCCGGCCCGGUAUUGGGCCAGAUCCGUGCCCAGCUCCAGGGGGUCAUCUCCAAAAAUCCCCAGCUGCGGAAUCUCACUCCUCAGCAGCAGCAGCAGCUGCAGGCUCUGCUGAUGCACCGGCACCAGCAAAACCUGCUGCAGCAGCAGCAGCAGAACCAAGUGUUGCGACAAGCCAGCCCUUACCAGGGGCAAACCCAGGUGUCACUUGAGCCAUGUCAGCCAGCUGCUCGGCAGUUGUCCGUACCAGGGGCUGUGGCACAGCAUCCCCAGAGACAGUCUCCCCUUGCGGUGUUUCAGAUUCGUCCAGAGCAAAGUUUCACUGCCUCUGUGGAGCAGCAGAGGGUGCCAGUGAGCCAGCAGGCGACUUGUAGUCCCCAACAGCAGGGGGCAUUAAGACUUUCCACUCCUCAGGCUUCCUCUGUGCCCUUGACUGUUGCUGGUGUGACCCCCACUACCCAGCAGCAUCCUAGCCCCUCAGAGCCAAAGAGACCCUCCCCUGUGAUCUUGGCUAAGACCCCUGAGCAGCAGCUGACUCCCACUGAGAAAAAACAGCUGACUACUCCCAGUCCCCUGCUUCCCCCUGGCCCAGCCCCCAUUGUCCCGACCACAGAGGAGAUCGUUCCUGGGACAUGCAGCCUCAGGGACUCAGAGUGCCCCACCAAAGACUCCGCGGAGCGAGGCACCGUCAACAGGCAGGUGGUGGAAUCGGCGUCUCUCCCAGUAGGAAGAGUUCCGGUCCCUACAGGUGAUCUUCUAUCUGUUGCCAUCAAACAGGAACCCAAGGAGGAAACAGCUCAGUGUGCCCUGAUGAGCAGCGCCCAGCUGGUCAAGCGUGAGGCCAGCACUGAUAUUGUCUUGACGGCGGCCAGCGUUCCCGCUAACACAAACAGCCUUGCCCGGUCUGAAGCUGGCCACCUUCUGUUGCAGAAGCUGCUGCGGGCCAAGAAUGUGAUGCUUGCAACGCAACGCUCAGGGGAUGUCAAUGGCCACGUGGACGGCAAAGUGGCCGGAGUGGAGAACCGCUUGCAGGCAGUCCCAGAUGUAAGAGCGGAUACGGUAGCUGCAAAGAAACCCCCGCCUCCCAAGCCCAAACGAUGUCAAAAGGCUGGAGAGCGACUUACCAACUCCCGCAAGAAGCUGCGCAAAGAGGAUGGGGUGAAGUCCAAUGAAGCCCUAAUGAAACAACUCAAGCAGGAACUCUCCUUGCUGCCUCUGAUGGAGCCUGUUAUCACAGCCAACUUCAACCUUUUUUGCCCCUUUGGGAGCAGCCCCAUCAAUGGCAAAAGCCAGCUUAAGGGCUCUUUUGGUAACGCUGCCUUGGACAGCAUUCCAGACUACUACUCACAGCUGUUGACCAAGAACAAUUUAAGCAAUCCACCAACACCACCAUCUUCACUGCCCCCCACGCCUCCCCCCUCGGUACAGCAGAAGCUGGUGAAUGGAGUUAUGUCUACUGAGGAAUUGACUGAGCAGCCUAAGGACCCAGUACUGCCCCGUGAGCCUGCAGGACAAAAGGAUGCUCCCCCUGUGGAAGUGAAAAGUGUUGACCUCCUUGCAGCCCUUCCCACACCCCCUCACAACCAAACUGAGGAUGUCAGGAUGGAGAGCGAUGAAGAAAGCGACUCCCCUGACAGUAUUGUCCCAGCAUCGUCUCCUGAGAGUGUCCUGGGAGAAGAGAUGCCACGCUUCCCCUUGCUGGCUGGAGCCAAGUCUGAGAUGGAGGAGCGCCCUUUGUCACCUGUCAUACCUAUCAUCCCCAAGGCCAGCAUCCCAGCCUUCCCAGAUAACAAGCCCUAUGUGGCACCGGAGCAGACGGGGAAGGGGACUCCAGGCACUUCAUGGGACAAGGCCAAGGGCAGCGAGGUCUCCGUCAUGCUCACUGUGUCUGCAGCUGCUGCUAAGAACCUUAACGGCGUCAUGGUGGCAGUUGCUGAACUGUUGAGCAUGAAAAUCCCCAGUUCUUAUGAAGUGCUGUUUCCAGACAGCCCCAUGCGAGGUGCUGCCAGUGAGCCUCGGAAAGGUGAAGCUGAUGCACAAGGCGUAGAGAAGCCUGUUGCUGCAAAGGGCCCUGAAAGUGGCCCUGAGUGGUUGAAGCAGUUUGAUGCCAUGCUGCCUGGCUACAGUCUCAAGAACGAACUGGACAUCUUGACAUUGCUCAAGCAGGAGAGCCCAGCUCCAGAAAAGACAGCCCAACAUUGCUACAUGAACAAUGUCGCCAAUCUGGAUGUGCGGCAGCUCUUGACACUCCCCGAAGAGCCAUCUCCACCUCUUUCCCCUUUUGCACCUUCCCCACCUAGUCCCCCCAGGGCACCAGAGCCUGUCCCUGAACCAGAGUUGCUGCCUUUACCUGCUCAGUCUCCCCCAGUUUCCUCCCCUAAGGAGGAAGCUCCUCAGUCCCCACUCAAAGGGAAGCCACGCUCCCGGCCCCUGGAAGACAAUGAGGAGAACAAGCCUCGGGUGAAGAAAUGGAAAGGGGUGCGCUGGAAACGGCUGCGAUUCCUGAUCACCAUCCAGAAAGGUGGUGCCAAGCGCGAUGGGGACAGGGAAAUUGCAGAAUUCGUCGACCGCUUGGCCACCACCCUUCGGCCUGAGAAGGUACCGCGUGACAUGAGGAAAUGCUGCUUUUGCCAUGAGGAAGGAGAUGGGGCAACUGAUGGCCCAGCCCGUCUCUUGAACCUUGACCUUGACCUGUGGGUGCAUCUCAAUUGUGCUCUUUGGUCCACUGAGGUUUAUGAGACCCAAGGUGGGGCCCUCAUCAAUGUGGAAGUGGCGCUGCACCGGGGUCUGCUCACCAAAUGCUCGCUUUGCCAGAAGACUGGUGCCACUAACAGCUGCAACCGCAUCCGCUGCCCCAAUGUCUACCACUUUGCCUGUGCCAUCCGGGCCAAGUGCAUGUUUUUUAAGGACAAGACGAUGCUGUGUCCUCUGCACAAGCUCAAGGGCCCCUGUGACCAGGAGCUCAGCACCUUCACUGUCUUCCGGCGUGUAUACAUCGAGCGUGACGAAGUCAAGCAGAUUGCCAGCAUCAUCCAGCGUGGGGAGCGCCUCCACAUGUUUCGGGUGGGGGGCCUGGUCUUCCAUGCCAUAGGGCAGCUCCUGCCUCACCAGAUGGCAGACUUCCAUAGUGUCACAGCGCUCUACCCUGUGGGCUAUGAGGCCACCCGCAUCUAUUGGAGCCUGCGGACGAACAACUGCCGCUGCUGCUACCGCUGCACCAUCUGUGAGAACAAUGGCCGGCCUGAGUUUGUGGUGCAAGUUAUGGAACAGGGUCUGGAGGACUUGGUCUUCACAGAUUCCUCGCCUCAGGCUGUGUGGAACCGCAUCAUCGAACCGGUGGCCAUGAUGCGCAAGGAAGCUGACAUGUUGCGACUUUUCCCCGAAUACCUAAAGGGAGAAGAGCUCUUUGGCUUGACAGUGCAUGCUGUGCUACGCAUCGCAGAGUCUUUGCCUGGUGUUGAGAGCUGCCAAAACUACAUGUUUCGCUAUGGGCGGCAUCCGCUUAUGGAGCUCCCCCUCAUGAUCAAUCCUACAGGUUGUGCUCGAUCAGAGCCCAAAAUCCUCACACACUACAAACGGCCCCACACCCUGAACAGUACUAGCAUGUCUAAGGCCUAUCAGAGCACAUUCACAGGCGAAACCAACACACCAUACAGCAAGCAGUUUGUCCACUCAAAGUCUUCACAGUACCGCCGUCUCAAGACAGAGUGGAAGAACAAUGUGUAUCUGGCACGCUCCCGUAUCCAAGGGCUCGGGCUCUAUGCCGCCAAAGAUCUAGAAAAGCACACGAUGGUCAUUGAGUAUAUUGGUACCAUCAUCCGCAAUGAGGUGGCUAACCGGCGUGAGAAGAUCUAUGAGGAGCAGAACCGAGGGAUCUACAUGUUCCGUAUAAACAAUGAGCAUGUUAUUGAUGCCACACUAACAGGUGGCCCUGCUAGAUACAUAAACCACUCCUGUGCACCCAACUGUGUGGCUGAGGUUGUAACUUUUGACAAGGAGGACAAGAUUAUAAUCAUCUCAAGUCGAAGAAUACCCAAAGGAGAGGAGCUAACUUAUGACUACCAAUUUGACUUUGAAGAUGAUCAGCACAAGAUCCCGUGCCAUUGUGGAGCCUGGAACUGCAGGAAAUGGAUGAAUUAGCCCGAAGAGGCUCUUCAAACAUGGUGGGGAGGGAGCACCCUGACUGCUUAGCACAAACGGCACAGGAGGCUCUGCAGAGAGAGAGGCCUGUUCUACCAGAUCUCCCAACCCUCCUGUAGGACAGAGAAUCAACCCAGGACAGCAUGAUUGGAAUCUACCACCCCAACAUGCUGGUGGAGCAGCUGGGACACCAAAGUGCUUGGGUGACGUCAGCGUAUCUGCCACUGCGCUGCCAACCUUGGUUAUGGAAUUAUAUCAAGCCAGCUGUUCUGGCUGUCAGGCUCAGCUGCCUCCUCUUCCACACAAAGUCAAUCUGCUUUUCCCCAGCAGAAGGCAGCAGCCACUAGCAAGCCCCAUCUGGGGUGGGGAAGUGAUAAACUGGCAACUCAGGGUUUUCUUUUAGUAUUUUUCUUUUGAGGCCGUAAUGGGGAAACCUUCCACCCCUGUGCACCUGUAAAUAAUGGACUUCAGAAAUAUACUGGGAGGAGAUCGGGGGCAUUCUGUCUAGCAGAGCUGGGGGAAGGGAACUGUGGCAUGGCUAUUGGAUCCCCAGGGGAGAGUUUGUAACUUUUUCUGUGUGUUUGGGGAAUUUCUUGUGUGUAUGUGUGCGCGCGCGCAAGUGUGAGAGACAGCUGAUUUUUAAAAUAAAACUUAAUAUCUAUUGCUUGCUAAUUUACCAAGGUAACAAGAGGCUUCAAAGAGACUCAUUAGCUUGACAAUCCACCUUCCAGAACUCCCCAGCUCUGGAUUUUGUAUACAUUUAGGUGUUGGAUUUGAAAAGGGGGUGUGAGUGUGUAUGUGCGUGUGUUUGUGCGCUCGCUUUUAGGGGGAAAAUACUUCUAGUGAACAGCAGGCUCUGGCCUGCUGAAGCUGGAAAUGGACCUUCCCUUCCUCCUGCCCACCCUUCCCCAUCUUCCAAGCGCAAGGAGCGUCCGCACUUGAACCUACCUCAUUUGAAGUGUUAGAUUUUGUUUUUUGGUUUUUUUCUAAUGUGAGCCCCUCGCUGUGCCACCCUUCUGCUUUUUUAAAAAACCUCUUCCUUGAACAUGGAGAGCCACAGCUGCGCUGCCCUGGCAGACAUGGGAACAGGUUCCGUGUGGAGGUGGGGGCUGUUUUGUUGGGAUUGUCCUCCCCUCCCCACCAUCCUGACAAGCACAAUUCGGUCUCUCAAAAGCCUUCCUGACUGGAUUGCUGAAAUGAGCCAUUAAGGGCUCUCUCUUCCACCACACUGAAGGGCAGAUCCCUCUGCAAGACAUAACGGGGGUAUUUGGAAUGUGCCAAUGAGUGGGGGAACCAAGAGCUGCUGAUCACCAGGUACCAGCACCCUCCUCCCAUUCAGUUUCUCCAGUGUAGCUUACACUGACUGCAGAGAGGGUAGCCUGCAUUUGACUAAUGGAGUUGAUGGCUAGUGGUCAGCUUUGAUGUGGACAGUCAUCCACUUUUGGCCCUAGGCCCCACUCCUGAGAGUCCUAGUUCUCACUCCACAAUUUCCCAUGAUCCAACCUGCUGCUCUGAAGGCUCUCAUAUGUUUGUGUGCACUACACGUGCGUGUGUGAGAAAGAGAGACGUUGGCACAUUGCAGAGUUUUGGGAUUAUUUAUCUAUUUAUAUAUAUUGUGUAUAUAUUUGAACUAGCAUGGGGAAGAAUGCCCUGGCUGCAGGGUUUUAUAGACUGCUGGGUGGAUCUCUGGAGAGCCCCCACCACCACCACCACCCUACCCCCACCAGGCAGGAAGGCAAGCAGAAGGGUGACUUGUUCAUUGACAGAAUCUUGGGUGGGAAGGGAAAUGUGUAAAGAAUCCAUUUUUAUGCUUUCUAGGUGUGUGUGUGUGUAUAUAGAUAUAUAUAUUUUCUUUUUGCAAAAAAAAAAAAAAUCAAUUUAUAACCAGUAUCUUAAGAGCCAUUUGCCCAGCAGCAUCUCCAGUGUAGGGAGAUUCCGUAUGAAUUAAGAGAUGGCAAAACGUGGGCAUUAUACAGGACAAACUCUCCCCCCAUCACAACAAAACACAAAUACAGUCUUCCCUUGCUGUUGAACAUAAUUUUAGGAGACUGCUGUAUCAUUGAACCUAUUGGGGAGAUGGCGGGAAAUAAGGCUCUCUUGACUAACAUUGUACAGUUGAGAUCUUUUAACGCACAAUUGCACCAUUUCCCCUCCCUCCUUUAAACACACACACAUCUACCAGCACGCCUGCCACAGUUAAGAGAUCUGGCAAGCCGCAAUGCAUUUUCUCACCUGAUUGAACAAACAAGGGGGGGAGGAGGAUUGUGAGAGAGGGUGGCGAUAAGGUUUUAUCUUUCAUGGUGGGGCAUAAAAAAUCAGGGUUAGCACACAAGGGUGUGCUUCUUUUUUGAACUUGUUGGCAAGAGGAGGGAAACCGCGUUCUUCAGUUUAAAAGCUGCUUCUGUGAACCGUUCCAAGCUACGAUGGUUAAAAACCAUGUGUGUGCUAGGGAAGGGGGCGGGGGGAGGAAAUAAUGGCAAAUUAUUAAAAAAAAAAGUAAAAGUAAUUAAAAUUGUAAAUAAGAUGGCAUUUGUGUAGAGAGAAGAUUAAAAAAAGUUUUUAUCAGUAACAAUACCACUGGACAUUGUAUUAAGAUAAAGGUUUGAGUUAAAAGCCAGUAUACUUUUUUUUUUGGUCUCUUUGGAUUUGUGUCCAUAAAUUUGGAAGGCUGUAAAGUUGUAAAAAAAAAUAAAUUUUAAAAAAUUGCUACAAAGGUUUAAAAGCUUGAGAGAGAUUUUAAAAAAAUGAUAAAGUGUCUGAAUAUAAUAGAUUGUCAAGAUUUUUUUGGAUGACGGUUAGAGUUUAAGAUAAUCCUGUAGAUUUUAGCUGAUGGAAGAAAGACUAUACAGUUUUUAAUUUUUAUAUAAACUAUAACCCGGUCUUGAAGCUAAAACUUUUUUAAAGUUCUCUGCCUGUAUAAUCGCAUUUGACGCCUUGUCCCAUACUUCUGUUUACAGUUGCACAUAUUAUAUAUAUUAAGUUUUAACCCUUUUAUGAUCCCAAAAUAAUCACUUUUUUAAAAAUAAAGUGUGGACUUUGUGAGGAAUUAUAA